GUGAUGAGCAUGAAAAUGAGGAGGAGUGGAGGAUUCAUGUGCCACUCUGAGGUAUCAACAGCAGUGUGCAUGAGUUACCGUUCUGUGGUUGAACCAACAAGGAGGCAUAUCAGAAGCAUUUCUCUUGCUGACACAACAUGCCUCAUCAACUCCAAACUUGUUCAUAACCACAAUUCUCAUCAUCAACACAAAACUGCAACACAUGUCUUUCAGGUGGUAGUGAUGCGGGUUGCUAUCCAUUGUCAAGGAUGUGCUGGCAAAGUGAAAAAGCAUCUCUCUAAGAUGGAAGGAGUAACAUCAUUCAAUAUAGAUGUAGAGAGCAAAAGGGUGACAGUGAUGGGCUACAUUUCUCCAUUGGAAGUCCUUGAGAGCAUUUCAAAGGUGAAAAGAGCAGAGUUCUGGACAAGCACAUAACAAAAAUUACUCUUUUAAUUAAUCUGCAUUGCUUCUGAUUGUCAUAUCUUCAUAGUCAAUUUGAUGAUAUUGAAUGUCACAUGUCAUAUAUAUUAUUUAAUUGGCUGAUUACUUUCAAAGUU